AUGAGCAUUAGUAAUGGCACCAAAUCGAGUUUAGAAUUAUUAGAAGCCGGAAAGAUGUUCAUGGCCUUAUAUCGCGGCGGUUUCUAUUACGUGGUUGAGACGGUCAUCGGCUCUCUACGAGAUACGCAAUUCCUCCUCAUGGACACCGGCGCAGGCCUGGUGUGGACGCAGUGCAUGCCUUGCACAAGGUGUUAUACACAGCCCACUUCCCUCUACGAUUCCAGACGUUCUACUAGUUACCGAAAGCUUCCUUGUGAUCACUUCCUUUGUCGUGGUUCUCAAGCCCUAUAUCAAUGCAUCAAUAAAGAAUGUGUCUAUGACAUCAAAUACGGUCAUGGCGCGGGUCCCACGAAAGGUGUGGCCUCUUUGGAGACCUUCUAUUUUGCGUUGAACGCUGGCGUCGUUCAAGCUUUUAACGGCAUAAUCUUCGGUUGCUCCAACGACAACAUGAAUUUUGAGUUCAAAGACACCCCAAUUUCCGGGAUCAUGGGCCUGAGCUGGUCUCCCGACUCGCUUGUGUCCCAACUGGCCCACUCCAUACAACGUAGGUUCUCUUAUUGCCUUGUGCCGUACGACGAAGGGCGGGCCGUGCCCAGUUUGCUCACUUUUGGUGGCGCCAUUCCAAGCCCAAUUGGUAAUCUUCAAACUACUAAAUUUCUUAAAACUCCUAUUAAUAUCUACCACUUUUACCUUAAUUUGUUGGACGUAAGUGUUGGUGGGAACAGAAUUGGGUUCCCUUCGGAUACAUUCAAGCCCAAUCAAGAUGGUAGUGGGGGUAUAUUUAUAGACUCAGGGUCAAUUUUGACUUUUGUCAACAAUGAAGAUUUGCCCAACGGAAGAAAUCCAUAUGAGGAAGUAAUUGGGGCGUUUCAAAGGCAUUAUGACUCUUUUAACCUCAAGAGAAAGGAGAAUGUGCCCGAAAGGCUUGAACUAUGCUAUGAAAAGCCUGGGGAUUUCAGUCAUUUUGCUACAAUGACGUACCAUUUCGAUGGGGCUGAUUACAUUGUUGAGGGCAAAUAUGCAAACCAUUUUAACAAUGUUGAUGGAUAUUUCUGUGUGGCGUUGCUUGGGGGAAAUAGAAUAUCAAUACUUGGAGCUUGGCAUCAGCAGAAUAAAAGGAUUAUUUAUGAUGGUAACAUUGAUUCACUGCAUUUCAUUGAUGAGAAAUGCAUAUGA